UAGUAUUUGUUGUGUUCUAUAACGAUGUGACGGUGGGAGGAAGGAGGGGCUGGCGAAUACACACACACACACACACACACACAUAGCAGACGCUACAGGGAAGAUGGAGGACGGUGUGGCAGCUUCGGAGCGGACCUCCAGCCUGCAGAAACAUCACCACUGAAAGCAGUUGAACCUACCAGAACCAGACAGCCAUGAACCGCCAGGAGACGGAGCUUGCCCAGGAAGUGAUGGAGGAGACUGAUACCCCAACUCGCCAUCGCCACAACAACCACAACAGCCGGUCCCGUAACCACAGCAACCAAGAAAAGCGCUAUAGACGCUAUGAAACCCCGGCUGCAGGAUAUGCAGGCAGUAGAGCCAGGGCACCACAGCAGCACAGGCCACAGGAUGAGCAAGCAAUGGAGCUGCAACAUGGAGCUCAGUCUCCACAGCCCCAGCUGCCCCAACCAAUUCCCCGACCUGCAGUGUCACGUUAUCGCAGACAAGGGGACAGUGAGGCCAGGAUCAGAGCCCAGCAGCAGAGGCACAGACAGAAGCAGCAGAGAGAGGCAGAGAGAAUGCAACAUUUAGCACAACAACAGGAGAAGGAGCACCAUGCAGAGAUGACCCCAGAAGAUGAAAGAGAGAGGGACGAUUCAGCACUGGCCCGCUCUGCCAGCACUGAGAGCGGUUUCCACACCCAUACUGACCGGGCUGAGGGUGAUGAUGGCCUGGUGAUGAUGUCACUGGAGCCCGAGGGGCAGCCUGAGGCAGAGGAUGAGGCAGGGAACUAUGGGAUCCAGCUACGUCCAGAGGCAGAAGGGUACACUGAGAGUGCAGAAGCUGAACAGCAACAUCUUCAUCCACAUCCUAACUAUCCUCCUCAGCCCCCGCCCCUACCACGUGACCCCCUGCCUGAUAUCCAGAACCCCCAGAGACAGGCUGAAGCAGAGGAGAUGCUGAACGCUGGCUAUUCCAACUAUGUCUACACCCAGCCCCUUAGAAACUGUGGGGGAAGGGCUGAUGUCUCGACUGGCCAGAGCUUGGAGAGUUUAAACACUGGACUUGUGGAUGAAGCUUACUCAGAGCCAUAUGACAAUUAUUCACUCUCUGAGCAUGUUUAUGAAGAAAUCUGUGAUGCUCCGACAUCAGUAUCAUCUAUGGCAGAUGGAACUGAGGAAACAGAGUCUCUCCAACAGAGGAAGGCCGGUUUUCAGCUGCCGGAGGGUCAGGUGGGAGGUGAAGACUACCAACAGCAGGAGGCGGUGGGUUCCCGUCUACGUCACUACGAUGAACGCUCAGAUGGUGAGUCUGACAGCCCAGAGAAGGAGGCUGAGUUUGCACCAUAUCCACGUGCCGAUAGCUGUGACCAAGAGGAGGACAUUGACAGCAUUGUGGCUGAGGUCAAAGAAAGCCUAAGCUCUCAGAAUCUUCAUUGUGCAACUAAAGAAACUAUAGAUGAAGAAAAUGAGCUAUCACAGGGAGAAGAAAAAUCCCAACUUGAGCUCCAAACCGACUCUGACAAAAACCACAAAGCUGCUAACCGAGGGAAGCCAGCCAGAAAACAGGCAGCAAGUCCUUCAGAGGAGCCUAUAGGAGUGAGGAACAGUCAGGAGAAGAGGGAUGCCAUAUCCUUGGCCAUCAAGGACAUUAAGGAGGCCAUAGAGGAGGUGAAAAACAGAACAGUGAGAUCUCCUUACACACCUGACGAGCCCAAGGAGCCCAUAUGGGUAAUGAGGCAGGACCUGAGCCCCACUGCAGAGUGUGACCUACAGCCAACACUGGGGGGUGAUUCUCCUGGUUCAGGCUCACCAUCUCCUCCUGGAGCAGAGUCAUCCAGUAGACAUCUGUUGCAAGAUGACAGCUUUGAAUCUUCUCCCUCUAGUAAGGAGUCCAGGAAAAGUCUUGCAUCCUUCCCCACAUAUGUAGAAGUCCCAGGCCCAUGUGACCCCGAGGACCUGAUUGAUGGGAUAAUUUUCGCAGCGAACUACCUGGGCUCCACCCAGCUGCUGUCAGAUAAGACACCAUCCAAAAACAUCCGCAUGAUGCAAGCACAGGAGGCCGUCAGCCGCAUCAAGACGGCCCAGAAAUUGGCCCAGAACAAGAAAAAGGCAUCUGAGGGGGAGCCCCAGCCCAUGACAGAGGUGGAUCUCUUCAUCUCCACCCAGAGAAUCAAAGUUCUCAAUGCUGACUCCCAGGAGACCAUGAUGGACCACCCUUUGCGGACCAUCUCCUACAUUGCAGACAUUGGCAACAUCGUGGUUCUGAUGGCCCGGCGCAGGAUGCCUCGACCCGACUCUCAGGAGAAUGUGGAAGCCUCAGACCCGGGUCAAGACAGCAAGCGCCAGUACAAGAUGAUAUGCCAUGUGUUUGAAUCUGAGGAUGCCCAGUUGAUUGCCCAGUCUAUUGGGCAGGCCUUCAGUGUGGCUUAUCAGGAAUUCUUACGGGCCAAUGGCAUAAACCCUGAGGACCUGAGCCAGAAAGAGUACAGUGACCUGCUCAACACGCAGGACAUGUACAAUGAUGACCUCAUCCACUUCUCCAAGUCUGAAAACUGCAAAGAUGUGUUCAUAGAAAAAGCGAAGGGGGAAAUUCUUGGUGUGGUCAUUGUGGAGAGUGGGUGGGGCUCCAUUCUUCCCACUGUCAUCAUUGCCAAUAUGAUGCAUGCUGGGCCAGCUGAGAGGUCUGGAAGAGUGAACAUAGGAGACCAGAUUAUGUCCAUUAAUGGGACCAGUUUAGUGGGACUCCCACUGUCCACCUGCCAGAGCAUUAUCAAGGGUCUGAAGAACCAGUCUCGGAUCAAGCUCAACAUUGUCAGAUGUCCCCCAGUGACCACUGUACUCAUCAGACGGCCGGACCUCCGCUACCAGCUGGGCUUCAGCGUUCAGAAUGGCAUUAUCUGCAGCCUUAUGCGUGGUGGCAUCGCUGAACGGGGCGGGGUCAGAGUGGGUCACCGCAUUAUCGAAAUUAAUAGCCAGAGUGUGGUGGCGACGCCCCAUGAAAAAAUUGUCCACAUCCUGUCCAACGCCGUGGGAGAGAUCCACAUGAAGACAAUGCCUGCAGCCAUGUACCGCCUGCUGACUGCCCAGGAGCAGCCUGUUUACAUUUAAGACAAAGCCCUGACCUCACACACCCUUUAAGUCUCUGUCAUCUGUCACUCCCCAAACCAACCCCUCUGCUCAGCACAGUGCUCAUCCUCUACCCUUCUAUCCACACUGAUGGACCAUAGUGAGUUGUUAGCCAGAUUGUUGAGUUGCUCAGCCUCGUCUUCGAGUAACAAUAACACAGAUUUCAAACUAUCCAUCGUUAUUCACCACAGGAUUUGUUUGGUACUUCAAGGUACAAUUGAUGAAAAGGUGUUUACACCUGAUGCAUUUUUAGUGUCUGGUAGUCCCCCAGAAUCCUAAAAUGUUAUUCCAUGUUUUGAACUUAACAUAUUGAUCAAUGAGAACUUCUUACACAGUAAAACCUUCAUUUGAUGAGAUUUGAACUGAAACUUGAUUGUAGACUGAACAUCCCACCCUGACCUUCACACCCAGACUGUGCUUUCUGCCAUGCUGCUAUUUCACUGGCAGUGUCCUCCACUAUCAUUUAUGUGAGAAAAUCUUUCUUUUCAUUUUUUAUUUAUGUGCAUUCAUGCUGUAGCUACAUUUUAUGAGACUGGGCUUUCUUUUAUUCUCAGCUCUCCCUCCUGCCACUGCAGUCCACUCAAAAUACAGAGCUUUGCUCACAGGGAGUGUGUGAAUCUUGAGUGUGUAACACGCAUUUUGCACUUCCAUUUCCAACAGGAAAACUUUCUAAUUCUGCUGUAGUCUGUUAUUACAGUAGUUGCUAUGUUUCCAUGUGUUUGAUUUUUUAAAUUCUCUAUACAUAGAGCACCAGCAGUAGCUCCCCUGUUAAGGGGAAAAUUCAAUUUCACUCAGUGUUUAUUUGCUCAUUUGCAAGGGAGCAGCAACAUGGAGGGAAGUUAAAUGUGUUUGUUUGCAUAUAGUACCCACAUUGUUUCCCUUCAAAUUGAUAACCCUCUUACAUGAAGCUGACUCACAGAUCCUGUUACACCAAACCUGAUGGCCUGAUAUGAUGCCCCAAUGUCAAGGUGUUUGCACACAUGCAGGAAUGGAAUGUCAGUCCCUUUAGGACACUUAGACUGGGAAGAGAAAGUAAAACAUUACUUUGCCUCCUGUAUUUCACACAAAUGGACACCAAGGCUUGAAUUUGCCUUCUGUUUUGUGGAUAAUGUAAAUAAUGUGGAGUGAGCUUAGGACUCCAACAUGCCAUUUGUGGCUGUACAUACAAUACUGUCAGUUCUGGGGGAUGUACAUUUUCUAAUAGAUAAACAUUUUCCAUAGCACUAUUUCCAUUAGUACAACAGCAGUCAUGUUCUAGUCACCACUCUGCUACUCUUAAUAUUGUUCUUAAUCAUGAAGAAGUCAUUCCAGUUGCUUCUAUUAGUUACUCAUUUCUUUCAGGGAAACUUUGCAUUGCCUGUAGAUGUUUCACAGUUUGGGAAGAGAUUAUGCCCCAAAUAUACAUUGUUUCCAGAGGUGUGAAGUGUAAUUGACAAUAACUAAGCUUAACUGUGAAUGAAAACAGAGAGCGGCAGAGUGGUGAGUAUGUCAUGGCUCUGUUAGUGCUUUGGAAUUUACAUUAUAAUUUAGGUAAAUGAUAGAGACAUUCAAAGUGAUCACCAAAGACCUCUUCCAUACACAUUCAUUAGAUGUAGCAUCAUUUAAUAACCUUUUUUUUUUGUUUUGUUAUUUUGGAUUUUUUUCCCUGUUCUUAUGACUACAAUAAAUGAUAAUACUUAAGUCAUUAUCAGUUGAGACAGGACCGAGGGACAUUUAGAUACAUUAUAUAUUGAGUUAUAAAUAUGAUAGCUGUAACACAGCAGAUAGUGUGGAUCCGUUUGUUUUCUCUCAGUGGAAAUACAAUGCAUGCACUGUAUUCUGACAAAGCUGUAUUUUUUCUACUGUUACUAACUGCAUAUAUCCCCAGGCCACCUUACUUCUGUUCCUGCAACGCAAACAGCCCAGGGUCAAACUCUGGCUUUUUGUUUCUUUUGUUUUGUUUAAGAACCUAAAACAUGGUGUAUUACUCAGAUUUCUUUCUUAUUUUAGUGUUCAGUGUAUUUUAUACACAAAACAA